UUCCGGUUUCCGGCUGACAAAAUGGCGGCCAGCUUUGCAAUUUUGUUUUUUUUUUGCUCGAUAACGUAAUGACGACGAAUAAUCAGUCGUGUUUUCUCGAUGCAUAUAUUAGACUCCAGUGUUAAAAGCUAUGGUUUGUGUUGUCAAAGACAAACCGAGACCCGUUGCUGUGUUUCUUCUAGAUAAACCAGAUGUGGGAUGGACCAAGUGAUCGGCAUCUGAGGUGCUUACCGUGCAGGAAGGAGUUGGGUGUCCUCUGGCAAACUCAUGGAGCCUCGGUCCAGAGUCGGAAACUGGACAGAACCUCCGGCCGCUGAAAAGGAGGUGGAGAGGAAAUCCUGCUGCCGCGAAGAACAAUAGAAGAUAGAUCUGGAAAGAGAGAAAAGAGUCCAGUUAAGGACGUGAGAGGAUGCGGGAUGGCGUCUCUGCUGCUGCCGCCGCCGCCCGAAACCACGCGCGACCUCCAUUAAAUGCUCACACCCCCGAAGCGCCAUGGCUGUUGACGCGGCGUCCAGUUUCAGCUUCUGCCGGCCGGCCGUGGAGUACAGAGCUCUGCCAGACGACUUUAAGCAGCAGCUGAGUCGGCGGACCGGCGGCAACCUGACCUGGCACGACGGUCGCGGACAGAAGGCGGCGGGAGGCCGGCCGGUCAAGCUGCUGCAGCGGCCGGGAACGGAGGCCCGUCAGUCUCGUUCGUGUGACAAUUACAGCAUAUACAACACCAGCCCGGCACAGCCGAGCUUGGUCCGACCCGUGGUGCUGUGGACGCAGCAAGACGUUUGCAAAUGGCUGAAGAAGCACUGCCCGCGCAACUACUUGGCCUACGUCGAGGCCUUCUCCAAUCACGCCAUCACAGGGCGGGUGCUGCUCCGACUGAACGGCGACAAGCUGACGAGGAUGGGACUGGUCCAAGAGACGCUGAGGCAGGACCUGCUCCAGCAAGUUCUUCAGCUGCAAGUUCAGGAGGAGGGACGCAACCUGCAACUGCUCAGCAGAGGUCAAGGGUUCUUCGAAAAGAGACCGUUAGCAACAGCCAGAAAUGUGGACACUUCAAGUCCCGCUUGUGAGAGUGGGACAUUCUGUGGCGGCGUAUUGCACCGACCAGCCGCACAGUACACAGGUGUUGAUCGAUUUAAAUAA